AUGGCACCCAAAGGAAAGGUCUACAGGGGGUCGGUGAAGGAUUUCCCAGGCUUUGAUGCCAGCCAGGAUGCAGAGGCCUUGCACAAUGCCAUGAAGGGAUUUGGCAGUGACAAGGAGGCCAUCCUUGACCUCAUCACGUCCAGAAGCAACAAGCAGCGAGUGGAGAUCUGCCAAGCCUACAAGUCCCUCUACGGGAAGGACCUCAUUGCAGACCUCAAGUAUGAGCUGACGGGGAAGUUUGAGCGGCUGAUCGUCAGCCUGAUGCGGCCCCCAGCUUACAGCGAUGCCAAAGAGAUCAAAGAUGCCAUCGCGGGCAUCGGCACCGAUGAGAAGUGCCUCAUUGAGAUCCUCGCCUCCCGCACCAACCAGGAGAUCCAUGACCUGGCGGCCGCCUACAAAGACGCCUACAACAGAGACUUGGAGGCUGACGUCGUUGGAGACACGUCGGGCCACUUCAAGAAGAUGCUCGUCGUUCUGCUUCAGGGCACCAGGGACGAGGAUGACGUGGUGAGCGAGGACCUGGUGGAGCAGGAUGCCAGGGACCUGAUGGAAGCUGGUGAGCUGAAAUGGGGCACGGACGAAGCCCAGUUCAUCUACAUCCUUGGCCGGCGAAGCAAGCAGCACCUCCGCCUGGUCUUUGAUGAGUACCUGAAGAUUUCUGGGAAGCCGAUCGAGAGGAGCAUCCGGGCAGAGCUCUCUGGUGACUUUGAGAAGCUGAUGCUGGCCGUGGUUAAGUGCAUCAGAAGCACCUCAGAGUAUUUUGCUGAAAGGCUCUACAAGGCCAUGAAGGGGCUGGGCACGAGAGACAACACGCUGAUCCGCAUCAUGGUGUCCCGCAGCGAGAUCGACAUGCUGGACAUCCGGGAGAUAUUCAGGACCAAGUAUGAGAAAUCUCUCCACAACAUGAUCAAGGAGGACACCUCUGGGGAGUACAAGGAGGCCCUGCUGAAGCUGUGUGGAGGGGACGAUGAGUAA